CACGUAUGAGCUUUUGCAAAGCGCGCAGGAGUUGCGACAGGGCGAGCCGGUCGGUCCCCUUUCCUCUCUCUCCGGUGUCGGAAUCCGGAAAAAAAGCGUGUACCGCCGACCCAGACGGGAACUGGAGCAGCGCCCGAUGGGGAAGGAGUCAGGUGUGCGCUCUGGACGCUGAGACCAGACCCGAGUUGCUGCCUUGGAGAUCGGGAGCAGAAAGAGACCGACCCCCCCGCCCCGGAGGCCAGGAGAGCUCAGACACCCCAAAUCCCCCCCCCCCCGGACCCGCGUCCAACUUGGAGGGUUUGGAAGAAGGCUGCCCCACUAACUGCAGAGAGGGAAACGCCGCGGCUGACCAGGAAAAAGAUGCUGGCGGACAUCAGGCCUUAGCUCUCUGGACAUUUCUCAGACUGGGCCAGAAAACAUGGAUCCAUUGCAGUUCCCCUUGGCUUUGAGCAUGGAGUUUAGCUUUCCAGAUGCCAAUGUCUCCCUGGGGGCAAACUCGAGUAACAGCACCUUUCUGGGGUUCCCCGUUUCCCCUGAAAUUCAGUCCGUCCUCAUUCCAGUCAUUUACCUCCUCGUUUGUGCUGUCGGACUGAGCGGGAACACUCUGGUCAUCUAUGUGGUCUUGCGCUACGCCAAGAUGAAAACGGUCACCAACAUUUACAUCUUAAAUUUAGCUAUUGCCGACGUGCUGUUCAUGCUCGGUUUGCCGUUCCUGGCGACGCAGAACGCCAUCUCCUACUGGCCCUUUGGGUCCUUCCUGUGCCACCUGGUUACGGCUUUCGACGGCAUCAACCAAUUCACCAGCAUCUUCUGCCUGACCGUCAUGAGCCUGGAUCGCUACGUGGCUGUUGUCCACCCCAUCAAGUCUACCAAGUGGCGCCGGCCAAGGGUUGCCAAGCUGAUCAGCCUGGCCGUCUGGACGCUCUCCAUUUUGGUGGUGCUCCCAAUCAUCAUUUUUGCCGACGUCCAGGAAGAUCUGCCCCUCUGCAACAUGAGCUGGCCGGAGCCGAUUAACAUCUGGUCUGCGGCGUUCAUCAUCUAUACAUCAGUGUUGGGGUUUUUCGGUCCCUUGCUGGUGAUCUGUCUCUGCUACUUGCUGAUUGUCUUCAAAGUCAAGUCAUCUGGCAUCCGAGUCGGCUCCACGCGGCACCGGCGGUCGGAGAGGAAAGUGACCAAGAUGGUGGUCAUCAUUGUCCUCGUCUUCGUCUUCUGCUGGCUCCCCUUCUACAUCGUGAAUAUUGUCAACCUGAUAUUUAUUUUGCCUGAGGAACCAGCCUUGGUGGGGGUUUUCUGCUUCGUGGUCAUUCUCUCGUACGCCAACAGCUGUGCCAACCCCAUACUGUAUGGGUUUCUUUCGGACAACUUCAAGCAGAGUUUUCAAAAAGUCUUGUGCCUUCGCAAAGGGAACGGUGUGGAAGACGGUGACCCAACGGAGCACCGGCCAGAGAAGAGCAGCCGCCUGCAAGAAGUGAUGCUGCUUCAGAGGAGCGUCAACUCCAAUGGGCACAUGCCGACCAGCAAGGUGUAGAUAGCCCAGGAUUUUCAAGCGAACUUGAAAUGGACUGAAACACUUAAUGGUGGUGACAGACAGUUGAUGACAGGGGACCGUCAAACCCAUAGUCUCAGUGUAUAUAGAUUCAGGAUGGGGUAGGGGUUUUCUUCUUGUUAAAGACAUUGUAACACAAUCAUCCUCAGUGCUAUGAAAAGCGGGGGAAAGCUAGCAGAAAACCCCACUAUUGUUCAGAUUCAGAGACCUUUGUUAGGCACAUAAACCCACUAUUGUAUAACUGAAUCAUUGGUUUUUCUCUGGAGGGCUAUGGGAAUGGAUUGAAUCCAUGCAGACGGGAAUGGUCCUAGUGGCUGGGAGCAUCCUUAUCUGCUAUAAAAUGGCUGUAG